AAAUCCUCUCCGAUCAAACCCUUUAUAUAAAAACUCCCAAAAUUCUCUCUUUUUCAACCCAAAAUCCAAACCCCGAUGGCCAAGAUCGACUCCCUUCGUCGGUUUCUCCUCCCCUGUUUCUUUCCCCCCACUGUCACAAACGCCACCGCCGCCUCCGCCGUCCCCAAGAAACGUCUAAGCACCUCCCUUCGCGACGACGUCGAAACCACCACCUCCACUACCGCCAAUGGUGAUCCAACCAACGACCAAGAUUCCGCCCAAGAUUCUCCGGCCACCACUCCCGACAACGUGACGCCAAAGUUCGCCGCCACCGCCGCCAUCGCAGCCCCACCCAGGCCUUCAAAAACCAUGGUCAUUGGAACCAUCUUCGGCCACCGGCGUGGGCAUGUGUGGUUCUGUGUUCAACACGACCGUCUCCGAAACAAGCCGUUUCUCCUCCUCGAGUUUCCGAUUCUGACUCACCAACUCGUUAACGAAAUGCGGUUCGGACUCGUCCGAAUCGCCCUUGAGUGCAAUCGGGUCGAACUCGGACUCUGCCCGCUUCGUUCGAUUCCCAUAUGGGCAAUGUCUUGCAAUGGGCGAAAACUCGGGUUCGCCGCGAAAAAAAAAGCCGGGGACUCGGUCCGGUCCAUGUUGAAGACAAUGCAAUCGACAACGGUCGGAGCCGGUGUAAUGCCAUCCGGGUUCGGGUCGGGUUCGGAGGAGGUCAUGUACAUGAGGGCUAAUUAUGAGCACGUGGUGGGGAGUGCUGACUCGGAAUCGUUUCAUCUUAUCAACCCGGACGAGUGCCCGGGUCAAGAACUCAGUAUCUUCUUGCUCAGAUCUCGAAAUGGGUAA